UACGUUUGUUAACUAUCAUAUUAGAGGAGUAGAAAAUGAUAUUAACUUUUAUUUUUAAAUCACAUUAUUUAUGUAAAAACCUUUGUUCAAACGGUGAAUACAAAAUCAAAAUUUGAGUAACGAUUCCCACCAACAGGGCUGCCAUCAUGAUCUGAAGUAGGUGUUUGGACGCUGGUGGGAGCCGAGAAGUAGAAGAUCUUGUAAAAGAAAAGGUAUAGAUUCAUUGCACUGUUCAGCCCAUGGAGGCGGCGCCGUGGUCGGAAGAGUCAUCAUUCAUGCCUGUGGAGAUUAAAGGACGGCCUGCUUCAUUCCACUCCACCCGCCACUGCCACACUAGAACCCGAUUAAUACUUUGAUUAAUUCAAUUAAACUACCAAACUAUGCAAUUAGCAGUAGGUUAUGGUGGCAAGCAAGAUCCGUGCCACGUGAUGAUCGUUUUAGCGAUAUAAAGACCAGAAACAUCUUCAUCGCAAUCACCACAUUCGUCAUCCGAUCCACAAACCCAAACCGUCUUCUUCUUCUACUUUCGUCCCUGUUUCCCAGUUUUAUUCUUGGGCGCGGUUAAGCGGUUUGGCGCGUACACUCGGGGCGAUUUCUUUCUUCCCCCUUCCUACCUUCCGUUAUUACUGUUUUUAUUUAUUAUAUUAAAUUCCAUUACAAGAAGGCAUACCGUUCCUUCCUAAUCUCGGUCCUCAGCCGCCGGAAAUCGGAUUGUCUCCCUUUUUGUCUUCCGUAUCUGACUCUUCCUCCCCUUUUUAGCUCUGUAACGCUUUGCUUUCUCUUUCACGAUCAAUUGGAAACCAGAGCCCAAGGCGUUGAUGGCUUCUCCCGUUCAUUUCCUCCGUUCCCCGUUGGCUCCCUCGCCUUCACUAGGCUACCCAGGUAAGAGUUCCUUGCAUCCGCUGGCAGUGAAUGGGAGCUGUAACAAUGUGCUCUCCUCCACCGCUGCUGCUAGAAAACUGUUUGCUGCUGGUUUCAAGGGGUUGGGCAGAAGCAGCAGAAAUGGUGUGAAUAGUAGAGCCUCUGUGAUUUCUGGGGAAGGUGAUCUUCUUGCUUUCCCCAGGAAGGAUACACAAGAUAUCUUUGCCACUGAUAAUGUGACGAACUCGCUUUCUGGGAUUGAGUUGCAACCUGAUGUGGUAGAUUUCGCAACUCUCUCUGCGGAGAUGACUCCCACCAGGACUAGUUUUUCCCUUGAUAAUGAUGAAUAUGACUUGGAUCGUCCUACUGAAGGGUUUAGUUCUAUCCCUGAUGCUAUUGAAGAUAUCCGCCAGGGCAAGUUUGUGAUCGUGGUUGACGAUGAAGAUAGAGAGAAUGAAGGUGACUUAAUCAUGGCAGCUUCUAAGGCAACACCUGAAGCAAUGGCGUUCAUUGUCAAGCAUGGAACUGGGAUAGUCUGUGUGAGUAUGAAACAUGAAGAUUUAGAGAGGCUGCAGCUGCCUCUGAUGGUAUCGACUAAGGAAAAUGAGGAAAAGCUUUGCACAGCUUUUACAGUGUCAGUUGAUGCAAAAGUUGGUACAACGACUGGUGUUUCCGCUCGUGACAGGGCGACAACUAUAUUGGCUCUUGCGUCUAAGGACUCCAAGCCAGAAGAUUUCAAUCGCCCGGGUCAUAUAUUCCCUCUCAAGUAUAGAGAGGGUGGAGUUUUGAAGAGAGCUGGUCAUACAGAAGCUUCUGCUGAUCUGUCGAUGCUGGCUGGUUUGGAACCCGUUGCGGUUUUGUGCGAGAUUGUUGACGAUGAUGGCUCCAUGGCUAGACUGCCCAGACUGCGAGAGUUUGCAAAAGCAGAGAAUCUAAAGAUAGUCUCAAUAGCUGAUCUUAUCAGAUUCAGGAGGAAAAGGGACAGACUAGUGGAGCUGUCUGCUGCUGCUCGGAUACCAACAAUGUGGGGGCCUUUCAAAUCCUAUUGCUACAGGUCGUUGAUUGACGGGAUUGAGCACAUUGCCAUGGUUAAAGGCGAAAUCGGAGAGGGAAAUGAUAUACUUGUUCGAGUGCACUCUGAGUGUCUGACUGGCGACAUAUUUGGUUCUGCAAGAUGUGAUUGCGGCAAUCAGCUAGCACUUGCUAUGAAGCAGAUUGAAGCAGCCGGUAGGGGUGUGCUGGUUUAUCUCCGUGGACAUGAAGGUAGAGGUAUUGGUUUAGGCCAUAAGCUUCGUGCUUACAACCUCCAAGAUGAUGGCCGUGAUACUGUUGAAGCCAAUGAAGAGCUUGGUUUACCAGUGGAUUCCCGUGAAUAUGGCAUUGGUGCACAGAUACUCCGAGAUCUUGGUGUUCGCACGAUGAAGCUGAUGACAAACAAUCCCAAAAAAUACAUUGGCCUCAAAGGAUACGGUCUCUCUGUUGCUGGAAGAGUUCCAUUGAUUACUCCAAUCACAGCAGAGAACCGGAGAUACCUGGAAACCAAGAAACAAAAGAUGGGCCACGUCUAUGGUCCUGAUAAUGGUCAUUCCAACGGAACCCCAGAAGAUGGUUUAUUGGAGGCAUAGAUCAUCUGUCCCUCAAAGGAUACACCAAGGGGAACUUGCUUGUUUUCUUCAUUGACUGGAGUCUUACAUUCUUUGAACGAAAUACAUCUCCUGCUUAAAA